CACGGCGCGCCGGCGGCAGCGAUGGCGGGUGAGGCGCUGUCGCGGGUGCCGGACGUGCAGAUCGAUGGCGAUGGUGUCUUCAAGUACGUGCUGGUGCGGGUGCGCAGCGCCGGCGCGCUCGCCAAGGACGUCGUGCGAGGCCACGGCUGGGCAGAGUACCACGCUGACUUGUUCGAGCGCACCGCGGAGGAGCUGGCGCGGCAUGGCCUGAGCUGCGAGUGCUUGGGCGGCGGACGCCUCUCCCACCGCCCCGAAGAGAGGAAGAUCCACGUCUACGGGUACUCGGUGGGCUUUGGACGAGCUGACCACGCUGCAACCACAGAGAAGCUGAAGGCUGAGUAUCCCGACUACGAGAUCACCUGGGCGGAUGAAGGGUACUGACUCCUCUGUGGUGCCAGCCCAGAGCUGACACAGCUGUACACAGUCCCGGAGCGAUGGCAGCAGGCUCCCCAUGCUCAGCGGUGCUCCAGGCUCUCCUCAUUUUCCUGUGUUGAACUCUCCCGUUCUCCGCCAUCACCAGACUGUCCCCGUGCCGAGUGCUCCCACCUCCCUGGCAUGGCAAAGCUGGUGAAGCCAGUGGUUGCUCUGCCCAAGCCUCCUGGUGCCAGAGGCUCAUCCCACUUGUAUCUGUGAGAAUUAAAGUCUUUGGGGGAGCACAGCUGCCCUGGUGGCCAUGCUUACAGCUCAGCUGCUCCUUCCCAGCUCCAG